AUGAAGUCCGCCAAGUCGAAACAGAGACUAAAUGAAUUAAGAACGCCCGCUAGAAGUAAACAAAAUCUAGUUGGCGAGCGUGAUCCUGUUCAAGUAUACUGCAGGCUACGACCUAUGCAGAGAGACACCGAUGCCCCCUGUGUGAAGAUAAUUUCGCCUACUACAGUACUUUUAUCUCCUCCAGCAACCGCUAUAAGUUACAGAAACGAAAAUGCGAAGACUAUGAAAUAUACUUUUAAAGAAGUUUUCCCGCCUGAAACAUCGCAGCAAGAUGUCUUCGAUAAAGUUGCUUUACCGAUCGUGGAGGGCUUGAUUAGAGGUAAAAAUGGUUUAUUAUUUACUUAUGGUGUUACCGGUAGCGGUAAAACCUUCACAAUGACUGGUGAACCACAGAAUUGUGGUAUUUUACCUCGCGCUUUGAACAUUAUUUUUAAAACUAUAAACGAUUUCCAAGCACACAAAUACGUGUUCAAACCUGACAAAAUGAACAUGUUCGAUAUUCAAACUGAGGCGGAGGCAAUGUUGGAGCGUCAACAGGAGCUCCACAAAUUUAAAAGUGGCAAGAAAAACAAUUCUAAUCCAGAUUUGGCCAUGUCAUCAUCUGAUGUUACUAAAAUUGAAGGUAUCAAUGAAGAUAAUCAGUACGCAGUGUUCGUGACGUAUGUAGAAAUAUAUAAUAACAGUGUAUUUGAUUUGCUCGAGGACGGGCCACCGAUCACUCGGAAUCUACCAGUAAAAAUCAUACGUGAGGAUGCAGCACAUAACAUGUACGUUCAUGGUGUCACCGAGGUAGAAAUCAAGUCAGCUGAGGAGGCAUUCGAGGCCUUCUACUUAGGUUUAAAACGUAAACGCAUGGCACAUACAAAUUUAAAUGCGGAAUCUAGUAGAAGUCAUUCUGUAUUCACAAUAAGAUUGGUGCAGGCACCAGUCGAUGAGAUGGGAGAAGCUGUUAUUCAAAAUAAAAAGUUUUUAAAUAUAAGUCAACUCAGCUUAGUAGAUUUAGCAGGCAGUGAACGCACAAACAGAACAAAAAACACAGGCCAAAGACUCAGAGAAGCAGGUAAUAUAAACAAAUCUUUGAUGACGCUUAGGACCUGUUUGGAAGCUUUACGAGAAAAUCAGGUGAGUGGUACUAACAAUAUGGUACCUUACAGAGAGUCAAAAAUAACCCAUCUCUUCAAGAACUUCUUUGAAGGUGAAGGUCAGGUCCGUAUGGUAGUGUGUGCAAACCCAAGAGCUGAAGACUAUGAUGAAACACUUCAAGUGAUGCGGUUUGCUGAGGUGGCUGCUGAAGUUGAAGUAGCUAAACCACAAGUCAUUGAUGUUGCUGCUACUAUAGGCCUCACUUCAGGCCGUCGUAAAGCCAACAGGCUCUUUACUACGGCUAGAGACAACUUAGUGAGACCAGAAGCUAAAGAUCUGGAAAUGGACCUAGGUCUUGUGUAUAGUCUUGGACCUGAUUUCCCUAGUCUGGAACUGAACAGUUCCAAAGCUGCUCACAUCAUCAAAGAGUUGAUGGCACAUCUAGAAAUGAGAAUCAGCCGAAGAGAAGCCUUGAAAAGAAGCAAAGCCAUCAAGGAUGAACGUCUACGUUCAGCAUUAUUAGAUUUAGAGAAAGAUGCAAUGGAUGUUAAAACUGAAAAUCGUGCUUUGAAGGGACAAUUAGCUGCUGCAGAACGAAGAGUGAGAGCCCUAGAAGAAAGGCUAACAGCCACUGAGAAUGCUUCGCUUACUCACCAACGUAAGUUGUCAGAAAUGACUGAAUAUACAUCUACAUUGAAAAGAGAGUUGCAGGAGAAAGAGAUGCUGUUAAGUCAGCACAAAUUUGACAAAGAGAAGCAGAAAAAGAUCCUAGAAAAGAAGUACAAUCAUAAGAUUGCUGCUGAACAUGAGAAAGCUAAAGAAAUUAACUGUGAGAAGGAAAGACUCAGAAAUGCAAUUGAAGAAAAAGAGAACUGUCUUAAGAUUAUUGCUGAAGUGUUAAAUGCUGAGAGAGGAGACAACAUUGAAACAUAUCAAAAAACCAAUGAGAUCGGUGCUCAGACAAGUGGUGGUAGAGAAUUCACACCUGGCUCCACUCCCAGAGCUUUGCCUGCUCAUCUUUUGACACCUUUUAGCUCAGCACCUCAUACUAGAGAAACCCGUGACACGCCUGCUUCGUCCCGCCGUGGAGUUGCCAUUGCCAACCCUAGGCAUCGCCGUUCACUGUCAGCUGAUGGACGAGGUUGGAUAGAACACGCACCUAACAAGUUAGUUCCUAUGGGCACAGUUAUGAAACCCAACAUUGCCAAUAGUAAAAUUGUUAAAAAGCUAACCACCGCAAAGGACAUUACUAAUCCGAAGACCUCCAAAUAUUGUCUGAUAUCCCAGGAACAAGAUACGGAUGGGGAGUUGGAGACAAAGUUGUACAAAGGUGAUGUCGUUCCCACUUGCGGUGGCGGAGCUCAAGUUAUAUUCAAUGAUGUUGAAAUGUUGAAACAGUUUUCUCCGAACAGGGAAUCAUCACAUUCUCAUUCUCACCGUCACUCUUCGAAUAAUUGUGCUAGACAUUCUGGAAAGAGAAGGGACACUGGCUGUUCACCUCCGCAGACUCCGUCAAACACCAGUAAAAAGCAAAGAGUUGAUGAUGAUUAA